UGUGCUGUUCGUGUGAUCAGAGGAGAUGAGACUAGUUAUAGCGUUCUCUUUAGUGGCAUUAUGCUGGCAGUUAGCAGAGUGUUUCAUAACUGAGGCGCCACCAAUAAUUGAUAAUGGUUUCAGUACCAUGCUGCUCCUUAAGUCCACCAAUGGCAGAAGGCUAAGCGACGGCUUGGUGGAUCUGGAUAGUGUUCGCAUGUUACUGAUUAAUCUAGAGCUCUAUCACCUUCAAGACGAAGUGUUGCAGGCCAAGUACAUGAAUAAAGAUUUACUCUUUGAAAUGGGAUCACCUCUUCAGGCGGAAGAAGUAUUGAAUGCAUGGCAGCAAUCGGAGAGUUAUGACAACAAUUAUAUUUUAGAAAAAACUGCACAGGUUUUUAGUUGAACAUACUACAAUUAAAAACUCUGUCAAUAUAGGAAACAUUCCAAGUUUUUUUUUUUUUUUUUGGAAAUAACAUUCAUUCAUCUUAGUAAUUAUAUUGCAAAGUUCGUCUUUAAUUCAAAGACUUAUCUACUGAGAAGCUUUUUUCUUAGGAAAUUUUUUACUUGCGUUUUAAUAACAGCCAGGUCAGAGUUCAAAAAUAGCUGAUAGCAACAGCCUCCGUUGGGCUGUCAGUCGAUUUCUUGCCGUUCGCGUGUUCAGUUAAGCCUGAAAAGUUUGAAAUGAAAGUGUCGCUGAUUUGUGCAUUGACUUGUUGGCAGUUAGUCAUGUUUGCUGCCUCUGCGCCAAUAAAUUUUAAUGAUGUUCAGUUCAGUCCUCGUCUACUUUUAAGUCGUUCUGACGGCAACAGUUUUCCCAACCUAAUUGCAGUCGACUAUGCACGUGAGGUACUUAACGUGCUGGAACUUUAUCAUCUUGGACCCAAUCUAGUCCAGGCAAAGAUAACACCAUCUGGGUUACUUUUUGAAAUGCAAACGGAUGUGCAAGCUAAGGAGGUGGCAAAAACUUGGAUGCAAAAAAAUGGAAUCGCCAAAAACUUUGAUCUAAGGCAAACAAACCAAGACUUCUAUGACGAUUAAAAAACGAAGCUUAGUUUUGCUUCAAUGGAAAUAUUUUAAGAUUCUACAUUAAUUGAAUGGGAAAUAGGGAAAUCAAGAUCACAAUCAUCAUUGUGUAUUGAGAUUUUUUAUAAAUUAAUUGUUAAUUUAACAACAAAUUUCAGCAGAAUUUAUUAUUAUUUUUUACACAAUGCCAGAUACAUAUUUUUUCUAUUUUCUCUAAAAUAUUUGAAGCACGGAACACAAUUUUUGACCCAAUUUUUUAAUGUUAA